CGGUCGGAAGCGAUUGCUGUUCUCGCCAUUGCACUGUUUGUGUCUGUGUUUGUCGUCGUGCAAUUCAGGGAGCGGCAGGCGAUGAUGCUUUUCCAUUUUCAAUUUUGGGUGUCUUUUCUUAUGAGUGGCACGAGUAAGGUGCCCACUUUCCAUGUCAUCCGCGAGGUCUACGACAGUUCCAAUGCCCACGAAAGAUUCGAGGCUGAGCUGGACAAGGCGCUGGAAGCCAAGGUGGACUUCAUUAUCAUAGAGCCGCCUCGCUUGGGCGACGAAACUGGUCGUUGGAUUUGGGUGGGCAACUGCCUGCACAAGACGGCAGUGGCCAAUGGAGUGAUUGCCCUGGUGGCCAGCUUGCUCUGGCGGGAUCGCCCCCUCAUUGCAGCACCCGCUUGUGCACUCUCGAUUUUUUGCACAGGACUGUACACGGUCUCCUGGAACUAUGAUCCUUGCUGUCAAUAUCAGGUAGAAAAUAAUGACACUGUGUUGGAGAAGCUCCCACUGACAGAUGUCUCCUCGCCUGUGAUUUUGGGCUACUCGUCCAACUCAAAAACCAAAUACUUGCACCGCGGCGUAUCCUUCCUCUCGGCUGCUUUGUGCGCCUGGCAGAUUUGGAGGUCCUACAAGUAGGGGAUUCGAAGGAGCCGCUGAAAUGGCCAGCUGCUGGAUUGGGCCUGUCCUCUGCGGAGGCGUAAUACCUAAUAAGUUUAAUUUAAGCACAUAGGCGAAUGCAUUUCUUUUAGAUUUUCGAACGAUUUUAACUCCGUGUACUGUCUUUCGUGAAACUUUUAAAUGUUCCCAAGUCCCAGGCUACGUCUCUGACCAGUGGCCAUGUCUAGUGUUCCCGUGGCUGCCACUUGAACUGGCGAGCAUGCUCAUAACUUAUUACGGUUCCCAAGCCUAAGUUAGUCUUAAGGGAGGAGCAGCCUCUGCACUGUAAAUUAAGCAAAGCCAACCUCUGUGUAUAAAGCGAAACCCAUUUAUGAUUGUUAUUAGAGUCUAGUUGAAGAUAUCAGAAAACGAAAGUCAAAAUAAACGCAAUGCGAAUGUUA